AUGUUCAAGAUCAUCUCCUUCCUCCCUUAUGCUUUCGCCGUCGCUUUGGCCGACUCCCCACCUUACUCAGAUUGUUCUAACGAACCACUUCCUUAUGGCAACUUCCCAACCGGUACUGGAGGUGGUCUGUCUUCAGCCACAGGUCCUGUUCCGUUCCCUGGAUUUUCCUAUGGAGCGCCCUUCCCGACCUCGAACACCAGCUCAUUCAUUGUUGGUCCUACCGCAACUGGAGCCUCUUCUACCUUUGUUCCAUCGUCUUCCGACGCACCUAGAAGUGGCUCUGCUUUUGUCCCCUCGUCGUCUGAAGGAGGUAGAAGUGGUACUGCCUCUGCUCCCUCUUCAAUCUCGGCCUCGGUCCUCUUUCCUAACGCCACAACAUCCUCUGCGCAAGCCGUUACCACCAUCUACUCUGCUACUACUGCAGUCACGACCGUGAUCACUACUGUCUUCUUUCCUCCUCAGGGCUCCGAAUCGUCCUCCAGUAUCGCAUCUGUUGCAUUGCCUUCUUCAUCUUCUGGCACCAACGCAACCACAAUCUCUUCUCUGACCACUGACGUGAUCACUUUGACCACUACUUUGACACACUCUUCCUCGCCAAACUCGCCAGUGACUACUGGCAACAUCAUUUCAUUGCCAGGAACUGCGAUCUCAAUGCCUUUGGGAACCGGCUCCUCACCUGUGACUGCCAACAGAACGUCGUCAGCAAUCUCCUUCACCUGGUCGCCCUACGUUCCGUUUGUUCCAGGUACUGGUAUCCUUAGCAGCUUCAGACCAUCAAGUUCUCCCAACUCUCUAAUCACGGCAUCUUUGUCAAAUUCAACUUCAGCCGGUGCUAGCACUACACAUGUGACCAUCCAUCUCAAUUCCUCAAUCACGCUCACCCUAGUCACAACCCGCACGAUCCCUUUGACUACUGUACCUACCAAUGCUCUCAAUAGCAGUACUUUUUCAGGAUCCUCCAGCGGCGGCGAUCGCAGCGGUACAUAUAUUAGAAGCUCUACCGUAUCAUCUGGACCCAUCACCACUUCCACCAACAAUGGCACAUCAAGCUCGAGAAAAUUCUCUGCGUCAUACUCUUCAGGCGGACGUAACGGUACUCUCGUGUCUUACUAUGGUACAGGAACAGCACCUCUUCAGUCCUCUACUUCGCCUGCAAGUCCUGUUACUGCGACCAAUUUCUCUGUGCCCACUGGUCCUUCUGCUUCCUUUACCGAUGAUGACCGUAGCGGUACCCGCAGUGUAUCUCCAUCUCGUAGCAUACCUUCGUCUUCCUUCGUCACCAGUGUCGUCACAUCCAGCGCGGGCACCUCGGAAGCCGGUGCGAUCACGGGCUCGCCGUCUUCAGCUCCUCCCGCUCUGCCAACUCCUUCCUUCUACGGCUCUGGGGGCUACAACUAUGGUGGCGGCUAUGGCGGUGGCUAUGGUGGUUUCCGUGGUGGAUACAAGAAGAAGUACUGA